AUGGAGAAAAGCCAUGUAGGCUGGGAGAGUCAGCAGCCGGUGUGGGUGGAGACAGCCAAAGUACUUUGGCACCAUCAUGCAGGACUCAUUUCCAGCGGUGACAACAACAAUAAUGACUUGGACACAGUGAGGUUUGGGAAGAGGAGAAAGCUGGAGCAAAACAAAAACAUCUGUCAGAUUGGUUUUUCUUUUAACACAAAAGGAAACACCCCUCAAUUGAAGCUGUUGUGUGGCGCUGAUGUGCUGGAGUCAUUUGCUGUCCCCAACCUUUGGAAGCCCGAGGACAUUGAGGAGAUAUUGGGGCGGUACGGUGUGGUGUGCAUCACAAGAUGUGGCAGUGACGCUGAGAAGUUUAUCAAUCUGUCUAAUGUGCUGUCCAGACACUGUAAGAACAUCCACGUGGUUCAAGAAUGGGUGACCAAUGACAUCUCAGCCACCCAUGUGCGCUGUGCCCUACGCAAAGGACAUAGUGUACGCUACCUGCUGCCCGACCCCAUGGUGCGUUAUAUUCAAGAUCACAGUCUGUAUAAGGAGAGCGAGCAGAAGAAUGCUGAUGACAUCCUCGCCCCUCUUCAGAGAUACACCAGCACCAACUAUAGGUAUACGCAGAAUUGCAGCGAUCCAUUUGCUUCUCUU